AUGGAUAAGAAGCCGAUCGUUGUGAAAGACUGCUCAAGUCACGACGCUGUGCACUUCGUGUUGCAUUGGACAAUUCGGGAUUUUACACUGUACAAAGGUACCCAGAAGUGGAUUAACAGUCCAGGCAUCACGUUACUGGAACUGGGUGUCAAGAGCUUUACAGGGCGCUUUCGGAUCUCUGUCAAUCCCUGCGUUAAAGCCGACAACAAUAGUCAGUAUGUGGGAGUUUAUCUGAAACUGACGGACGCUGAAGAGAAUUCCACCGCUUACAACGGCCCAGCCAAGGUGUAUGUGGCUUCCAGAAUAAGUGGAACCACUGGCAAUGCCAUGGAUGUAGAGAUUAACCAACCAGUAAAAACACCACUACGCUACUUGUAUUCACCCGGAAGCAGCUCGGGAUGGGAGACGUUUGUUAGUUACGCUCAGCUGUUUGGCACUGCCACUGAGCCUGGUCUGCUUAAAGACGACGUGGUUGCCUUCAAAAUUGAAGCGACCAUGUACGGCAGCGGCACCGCCGAGGUACCGGAAGUGAAAAACGUUCGCCUGUCCAAAAUCGAACCUCCAGCCACGCUCUGCUAUCAAGACUUCCGUCGUCGCCAGAUGGAGAUGUAUCGUGCGGAAAUACAACUGUUCUGCGACUUUCUGUUGCGAUCCAGUGACGGUCGGGAAUUUCGCGUUCAUCGUUUUCUGUUAGCGGCGCAUUCGCCGGUCUUUUUGGCCAUGUUGACGCAUGAUUCCCAGGAGAAACAGCAGUCGCACUGCGAAGUGACGGAUUUGGAUGGAGAGUGUGUGGAGAUCCUGGUGGAUUAUCUGUAUGGAUGUGAGACGAAUAAACUGAAUGCGGAUAAUGUGGAGAAGGCGUUGAUCAUGGCCGAUAAGUACCAGAUUAUGGAUCUGCGCUCCGUUUGCGAGGGAAUGAUCGCGGAGAGUGUUACCGUGGAAAACGCUGUGGACCGCCUCAUCAUGGCCCGACAGCGUGGGCUGGAUGUUUUAAAGGACACGGCGUUGCGGAUUAUGGCGCAGAAUAAGCUAGUGGUUCUGAAGGAUAAAGUUCUGAAAGCUGCUAUCCAGUCGGAUCCGGACCUGCUGGAAAUCAUCAUGGAAUACUGUGCCACAUAA